AUGGCGACAGCAAACGGAGCAGUCGAGCUGGGAAUCCAGAGCCCAUCGACAGACAAGGCACCUAAAGGUACAGCAGGUGAGGGACCCCCGGCUACGGAGAAAGAGCCUGGUCCACCAGAUCCAAAGAAAGAACCUGUUCCACCCACCCUGAAGAAAGACGCCAAAGCCGAUGCCCUAGAGAAAGGGGACGGGUCCCCGGCCCAACCCUCAACGAGCAGCCAGGGCCCCGAGGGAGAAGGCGACCUGGGUGGGGGCCCCGCGGAAGGCAGCGCUGGGCAGGCAGCAGCCCUGCCCCAGCAGACCGAGACAGCGGAGGCCAGUGUCAAGAAGCCCAAGGCCAAGCAGGAGACCUCAGGCAGCCAGGGCCCCGGAGAGCCCAAGGUACACAAGAAGGCAGCCGAGGGCCAAGCAGGGGCCAGGAGGGGCUCCCCCGCCUUUCUGCACAGCCCGAGCUGUCCUGCCAUCAUCUCCAGGCCCGAGAAGCUGCCAGCUGAGAAACCCCCAAAUGAGGCAUCAGAGCUCAUCUUUGAAGGGGUGCCUGUGACCCCCGGCCCCGCGGAUCCCGGGCCAGCCACGGUGGCAGAAGGAGGGAAGGACAUCCCGGCAGGCAGCCAGAAGGAAGCAGGAGAGAAGGCUCCAGGCCAGGAUGGCCAGGCUAAGGUGCAAGGGGACACCUCAAGGGGGAUCGAGUUCCAGGCUGUUCCCUCGGAGAAAUCGGAGGUGGGGCAGGCCCUUGGUCCCACAGCCAAGGAAGAGGACUGCUUCCAGAUUUUGGAUGACUGUCCGCCACCCCCAGCCCCCUUUCCCCACCGCAUCGUGGAGCUGAGGCCUGGGAACAUCCACAGUCAAUUCAGCCUGAACUCCAAGGAGGCGCUGGGCGGCGGCAAGUUUGGAGCAGUCUGUACCUGCACGGAGAAAGCCACAGGCCUCAAGCUGGCAGCCAAGGUCAUCAAGAAACAGACGCCCAAAGACAAGGAAAUGGUGAUGCUUGAGAUCGAGGUUAUGAACCAGCUGAAUCACCGCAACCUGAUCCAGCUCUACGCGGCCAUUGAGACCUCGCACGAGAUCGUCCUGUUCAUGGAGUACAUCGAGGGCGGCGAGCUCUUCGAGAGGAUUGUGGAUGAGGACUAUCAGCUGACUGAGGUGGACACCAUGGUGUUUGUCAGGCAGAUCUGUGAUGGGAUCCUCUUCAUGCACAAGAUGCGGGUUCUGCACCUGGACCUCAAGCCAGAGAACAUCCUGUGUGUCAACACCACGGGCCAUUUGGUGAAGAUCAUUGACUUUGGCCUGGCACGAAGGUAUAAUCCCAACGAGAAGCUGAAGGUGAAUUUUGGGACCCCAGAGUUUCUGUCACCUGAGGUGGUGAAUUAUGACCAAAUCUCCGAUAAGACAGACAUGUGGAGUAUGGGGGUCAUCACCUAUAUGCUGCUGAGUGGCCUCUCCCCCUUCCUGGGAGACGAUGACACAGAGACCCUAAACAACGUUCUUUCUGCCAACUGGUACUUUGACGAGGAGACCUUUGAGGCCGUGUCUGAUGAGGCCAAAGACUUUGUCUCCAACCUCAUUGUCAAGGACCAGAGAGCCCGGAUGAGCGCUGCCCAGUGCCUCGCCCACCCCUGGCUCAACAACCUGGCAGAGAAAGCCAAGCGCUGUAACCGCCGCCUCAAGUCCCAGAUCUUGCUUAAGAAAUACCUCAUGAAGAGGCGCUGGAAGAAAAACUUCAUUGCCGUCAGUGCUGCAAACCGCUUCAAGAAGAUCAGCAGCUCGGGGGCACUCAUGGCUCUGGGGGUCUGAGCCCCGGGAGCGCCUGAGGCCUGGACGCAGCUGCACAGUGGCCGGGGCUGAGGCCACACAGCCCAGAAGGCCAGAGAAGACGGGCCAGAUCCCCAGGGUGGGCUGGCUAGGACAAGGCUGCGCCAGGCCGGGAGGCUCGGGGCUCCCCACGACCCCGCGCAGCGACUGCUUCCCCGACGUGAGCCGCCUCAGAUGUGGCCUGAAUCGAUCCUGCUAACGCCUCCCCAGACAGGGCCCUCCCCGGCCCGUCUGUCACAGCCCAGAUGCCACAGGCCCUGUUGUCCCCUCCCUGGCUCCCUCUCUUGGAAUUGCUAGCCCGGUGACCCCUGCUUGGCCUCACCUGGGGCAUCCCUGGCCGGGGCUUGCUCCUAGCUGGCACGGGAAGGCUGGGGGUCCCAGCACGUGGGGCUUCUGCGGUUGUGGAUGGGAGGCCCUUGGUGGGGCAGGAAGGCAGCGAGGCCAAUUCCUGAGGCCCAGCUGCCAGGGGAACAGAGCAGGCUUUGUGAAAGAGGACCUCCAUGCCCCCGCCCGCCUCCCUGCUCCCAACAGAUAAGGCCUAGUACACACCAUCUGGCCCGGCCCGGCCCGGCCCCCGCCCACCUUCCUUACGACCACCAACACACAGGAACUCCGUGUGAGAGAAGGGCGCCCAGCCCAGGCCUGGCGGAGGGGGAGGGGAGAGGCCUGGGGGGCAGGGAGACCACCCCCAAGCGUGCCUGAGGGCCAGGCUGGCCCAACCCAGCCACUCUGGACCCUCAUCCCAAGGGUCAUCCACGGCUUCAGAUGAUGGGGUCAGCAGGCCCAGGAGGAGGGGGAA